UCUCUCUAUAUAACAAAAGAGAAAAAAAAAUGAUGGCAUGCCAAGAGUGGCCAGAACCAAUAAUAAGAGUCCAAUCCUUAGCUGAAAGUGGCAUAAAUGCAAUCCCUGAACGUUUCAUCAAACCUCAAUCCCAAAGGCCCAAAACACAAUCCAAUGUUGUCCCAACAAAACAAGGUUUUAAUGAUGUUGAUGUUGAUGUUGAUGUUGAGAACAUCAAUAUCCCGGUUAUUGAUUUUCAAGACCUGUAUGGUGAAGACAAGAAUCUAAAGGAACAAACACUUAAAAGGGUCUCUGAGGCUUGUAGGGAAUGGGGUUUUUUCCAAGUGCUUAACCAUGGUGUUAACCAUGAUUUGAUGAAGAGUGCUAGAGAGGUUUGGCGUGAGUUCUUUCACCAACCAAUUGAGGCUAAAGAAAAAUAUGCUAACUCACCACUUACCUAUGAAGGCUAUGGGAGUAGGUUGGGAAUUAAAAAAGGUGCCAUUUUGGAUUGGAGUGACUACUUCUUUCUCCAUUACAUGCCUUCUUCUCUUAGGGACCAAGAAAAGUGGCCUUCUUUGCCAAACUCUUUAAGGGAUGUGAUUAAUGAAUAUGGUGAUGAAGUGGUUAAGCUAGGAGGAAGGGUUCUUGAAUUGUUAUCAAUAAACCUUGGUUUGAAGGAGGAUUUCUUGAUGAAUUCAUUUGGUGGAGAGAGUGAGAUUGGUGCAUGCUUAAGGGUUAAUUUCUACCCAAAAUGCCCUCAACCAGACCUAACUCUUGGGCUCUCAUCUCACUCAGACCCUGGGGGUAUGACCAUACUUUUACCAGAUGAAAAUGUUUCUGGUCUUCAAGUCCGCAGAGGAGAACAUUGGAUCACUGUCAAGCCUGUCCCAAAUGCAUUCAUCAUCAACAUUGGUGACCAAAUUCAGGUGCUAAGCAAUGCAAUGUACAAGAGUAUAGAACAUAGAGUAAUUGUGAACUCAAACAAGGAUAGAGUUUCAUUGGCCUUCUUUUACAAUCCAAGAAGUGAUUUACUAAUUCAACCUGCUAAGGAGCUUGUGAGUGAGGAUAGGCCACCACUCUAUCCACCAAUGACAUUUGAUGAAUAUAGACUUUACAUUAGGACCAAAGGACCAUGUGGAAAAUCUCAAGUUGAAUCUUUGACUUCCCAAAAGUGAUUUUCCAAUUAUGCCCUAAUUUAUUACCAUCUUGGUUGUGGAAUUAAUUAGAAUAUGUGUACAAUUAUUGGGUUAUUAAUUCAAGAUAGCUCUUCUGUUUU